AUGGAUAUUAGAAACACUUGCCUAGCUUGUGGUAGUGGAGCCUUUAGGGGAGUUCUGGUCUACUGUAGUAAGUGCAAGGAGUAUGCACAGCAUGGAUAUUGCCUUGGAGUGUCAAUAGACGAGUAUGUUCGUCGUGGGCGUAUUUGGUACUGUGAAGAUUGCCAAGAGGUGAAGCCAGCUGCCUCUUUUUCCACUCAUGAUCUCGAUGAAUGUGAAUCCAUGGAUACCGGAGAAGUGCUGCAAAGCACUCCUCCUUCUGCUGGGACAAGUAGUACCCCUGAUGGUACCAACAAGAAAUUGAAGGCCAAGAACACCAAGAAGCUGAAAAAGAAGAGUCAGAAGAAGAAAUCCAAUCAAUCUGGAUUUGUGGUUAAAAGUGUAUUAGAGACAAUACUUGAAGGUAAUGAAGAGGCUGAAGAUGAGGGCGCCGAAAUCAAUUGUGAUGAUGGUCACAAGCUUGGUAAUGAUCAAGAAGGCAAUGGUCUUCAAAAAGAUCAAUUUGAUGCCUCCGAUGACACUACAGAAAUAGAUGAAGAUGGCGAUUCUACUCAUGUUGCUGCUCAACCGGUUGCUAUUCCAACUUGGAGGGGAAGCCUAAACAUAUUGAACAAAGUUAACUACAAGAACUUGAGAAAUGAAACUAUUAGUGGACUUGCUGCUCAUCUCUCAAGCAUAGCCUGCGCUAAAGUGUUGGAGGAGUCGAAAUUUCUGAAGACACAGCUUGUCCCAGAUUUGGUUCGUAGGACGGAUGUGUGGCCAAAAGGCUAUGACAUGUGUGAAACUAGUGAUCGGAGUAUUGCCCUUUAUUUUUUCCCCGACAGCGAAACAGAUGAGAAGGAUUUCAACAACUUGAUGGGUAGCAUGAUGCAGGAGGAUCUCGCUAUGAGAGUUGAUGUCGAAAACGCUGAGCUUUUGGUUUUCACUUCAAGCAUGUUACCCAAGAAAUAUCAAAGAGUUAAGUCAAAGAUGUAUCUAUGGGGAGUUUUUAAGGAAAAGUAUUAA